AUGUCCUUCCUCAAAGCGAACUCGGCCACAGGCAUGAACGCCCCCUCACCGACACCUUCGAGCUCCUCCGCCAGCGGAAAGCGCAAGCGUCCAACCGAUGGAGCGCCGCCCGUCGUCUACUCGCAGCCGCAGGACACAGGCACCGGCGAGCACGUCUUCACCCGCCUCACCUACGUCAACGACUUCCUGCGCGAGCGCAAAGAAAAAUGGCACACCUUCGACGACAUCAUGGAAUACCUCAACAUCCCACCGGGCCACAUCCAGCGCGAACAGCUGCGCCAGCUGAUGCGCGCCGACAACGCCGGCAACCGGAUCAGCUGGGACUCUGCAAACGAACGCUACAAAUACAAGAGCAAGCUCAGCAUCCACGACCGCGCGCAGCUCAAAGGCCAUUUCCAGACGCAGAAGUCGGCCAUGGGACUGCAGAUCAAAGACCUGAAAGACGGCUGGUCCACCGUCGCCGACGACAUCACCAAGAUGGAGAACAAGAAGGAGGUGCUGGUGCGACGCGCCAAGGACGGCGUGCCAAAGACUGUCUGGGGCAACGACCCUUCUCUCAUGCUGCCCAUGGACCCCGUCUUCGCAAAGGCCUGGCACUCGGUCCAGGUGCCCGAUAACCCGGAUGAGCUGCGCAAGGCCCUGCUAGCCAACAAGCUGACCGCCGCUACGCAAGCCAAGGUUAUUGUUGCCGCCCCUACCAACAAAAAGAAGAAGGGUCCUCGUCGUGGUGGCAAGCAGACCAAUACCCACAUGAUUGGCAUCCUGAAAGACUUCUCCGGAAUGAGAAAGUAG